AUGGCGUCGGCGGCCGGGUUCAGCUUCCCGCCGACCUUCGAUCUGGUCGUGCCUCCCGUAGACGCACACAACAACAUUUAUAUUCAGCAGCAGCUGGUGGGUGAUGAAGACGAUGAUGGCGUAGAAGAAAUCCAGGGACCGGUCAAGGGCGUGAAGCGAGCCAAGCAAGUAACGAGCCCCCGAGAAUCGAGUAGCGUCACCACCGCGAGUGCCAGCUCGGCUGCCAAGGUGCGAGCGGCGUGCUCGAAUUGCCGUUCGAGCCAUGUGGCCUGCAGUCACGAGAUUCCCUGCAAGCGUUGCGUGGAGCAUGGCCUUGCCGAUUCGUGCCAGUACCUGCCACGAAAGAAGAGGACCAAUUUCAAGAAGAGGAAGAUGCACAGCAUCAAGGACGAAGAAGAAGACGACGACGACUCCAAUAGCAACGGCUCCCUCGUCGACAACGACGCCGCGAUCAAAAUGGAGGAGAUGAGGAGAAACCCACCAGCAAAUUUGUUCGAGGGAGGCCAGCCAGACCAGGGUUUGUGGAAUGCCACUCUUCACCAGCUGUUCGGCAAUGAGUACGCCUUCCCGCUCGUGAACACCAACAUUCCACCGCAAUCACAGCCCAAGGACUAUGCUACCUCGCCCUACACUGUGGAGAGCCCUCAGAGCUCUCCCUUCGCUGUGGAAGCGGACAACACCUGGCUCUCGCAGUUGAUCGGCGACUCGUCCCCAUCUUCUACGUCGUCCUCGUCGGCACCCACCUCGCCCGCCGAGGAGAGCCAACGAAACAGCGCCCAGUCUUCGCCCGACACCCAGCAACUGGGCAUCAUGUCGCAGCGCAGUUGGCUGAAGAACUCGGGCGGCAUGAUGCAGCUCGCUCCCAUGCCCACAGUCGGUCACUCGCGUGUGUCGCAGCCACCCAUGAUCAAGCCACCUUCGCCAGCCGUGGCGCCGUUGUCGCCGGGCUCGGUCAGCAGCCGGACGGUGAACAUUCUCCAGGAGAUGAAGGCCAAAAACGACCGACUCGAGCGUCUUCUGCGCAGCGCGCUCGACGACAUCAAGGAGCUCAAGCAGCGGGAGAAGCUUCGCGAGCAGCACAACAUCACCAUGCAGUCCCUCGUCCAGCUCCAGAACAUCGGACCGGCCGACGAGUUCCGCAAGGGCGUGCCAGCGCUGGCCAUGUUCGCCCUCUCCGAGGAGCGACACGGAGCCGUCCUGCAGGCCAACGAGACCUUCCGCGACCUGGUGGGCUACUCGUUCGACCAGCUCGCCACGCCGGGCUUCACCUGCUGCCAGCUCUUCCCCGAGAGGUUCAAGUCCAAGCUGUGCAAGGACUACAAGGACAUCAUGUCUGGGCUCAAGUCGUCGGGCCAGGACGACCUCGUCAUCCGCCGCGGGGACCUGCAGGAAGUCCCGGUUCGCGCCUUCUACCACGUCAUCUACGACGACGUGGGACGUCCGCUCUACAAGAUGUUCUACGCCUUCCCCCUCGCCUGA